UGACUCCAGAGGAGAGGAAGUGUCGUGGCAAACGUGGCCGUUGUCAAUCGUGUGCAGGAUGAGUUCCAUAGGAGUAUAUUUUUGUUUAUUCUGCAUUUUUACCGCUGCAAAUGCCGGUGGACCGACCUUAGUUUUGCUCGAUAAUUUAGCGAUCAAAGAAACUCACUCGAUAUUCUUUAAAUCUUUGCAAGAAAGCGGCUAUGCCCUUUCGUUUAGACUCGCGGACGAUGCAAACUUACUCUUAUCGAAGUAUGGGGAAUACCUAUACAAGCAUCUAAUAAUUUUUGCACCAUCCGUCGAGGAGUUUGGAGGGGCUUUGAGCGUGGAUGCAAUAACCGACUUCAUUGAUGGAGGUGGCAAUGUGUUGAUUGCUGGCUCGUCAUACUCUGGAGACGCACUGCGAGAAUUGGCAUCCGAAUGUGGCUUUGAAGUUGACGAAGAAGGCGCGAGUGUAAUAGAUCACAUGAAUUACGACAUAUCUGAUUUAGGACAACACACCACCAUCGUUGCCGAUUCUUCCAACUUGAUUGAUGCUUCUGUGAUCGUCGGAAGCAAAUCCGUGCCACCGUUGCUUUAUCAAGGAACAGGACUGAUUGCUGAUCCGGACAAUCCUCUAAUUCUCAGAUUGCUCACUGCAUCCAGUUCAGCAUAUUCCUAUGUUCCGGACCAACCUGUCAAAGAAUAUCCUCAUGCGGUCGGAAAAAAUACCUUGUUGAUUGCAGCUCUUCAAGCCAGAAAUAACGCCCGAGUCUUGUUUUCCGGCUCUUUAUACUUUUUCAGCGAUGAAGCUUUUACCAGUCCAGUGAAGAAAGCGCAAGGAGGCCAGAAGUAUGAAUUAUCCGGAAACGAGGCUGUCGCAAAAGCCAUGGCUCAAUGGGUCUUCAAAGAAAAAGGUGUUAUUCGAGAGUCUGGUGUGCAUCAUCAUAAAGUUGGUCAAUUAAAACCACCCCAUGCUUACACCAUAAUGGACGAAGUUGUUUACACCAUCAAUGUGGAAGAAUUAUCUGGAGAUAAGUGGAUUCCUUAUGAAGCAAAUGACUUGCAGCUGGAAUUUGUUAGGAUCGAUCCAUUUGUUAGAAUGACCAUGAAACAAGUGAGCAGGGGUCGUUAUGAAGCUAGGUUUAAAAUUCCCGAUGUUUAUGGAGUUUACCAAUUCAAGGUCGAUUACACGCGUAUUGGAUUGACACAUUUGUACAGCACUACUCAAGUUUCGGUUCGACCUUUGGAACAUACGCAAUAUGAGCGCUUCAUUCCUAGUGCAUAUCCGUACUACGCCAGUGCUUUCUCGAUGAUGGGAGGAGUUUUCCUAUUCUCAUUUAUCUUCCUGCAUUAUAAGGACGAGAUUAAGUCGAAAUCGGAAUAAGUCGCCUUUUCAGGUUGACUGAACUGUUAAUAAUUAUAUCAAUGUCGCGAUUUUAAUUUUUUUACAAGUCGUGUGUUUCCGUGAAACAGUUCUUGUAUAUGAAUGACAUUUUCGUACUUCCCUGGAACACGGGAAUGUAAGCAUGAGAAUAAUGAAUGCUUUUUGCAAUGAGUGAAUGUUCACUGACUUUUUUAGUUCUCUGCUGCAUCUUAUAAGUGAUGCGUAAUUUUCACAAGUCAUUCGAUAUAUGAAUUUUUGUUUUCAGUUAUGAAAUUUAAUGUAAUAUUUACAAAAAUGCAAUUUAUGGUAAGUCUGUCAAUAUAAUAAGGAAAUGUAAGUUAUUAUCUGUA